AUGUUGAAACUGAUCCCAAUAAGUGGGACCAGAGCUAAGAGUCUGUCUGGUGUUGAGUUCUGGUACUGUCCCACAGAUGGUCAAGAUGAGCAAAAUCAAAACUGUAAGAUUUAUAAUGAAGAUGGUGAACCAAGUGAUAAAUCAAGUAAUGAUAUUUUUAAUAAUUCUUUUGAAGAACAACCAGUUACAGAAUUACAUUCGAUACCGACGACAUCAUCGUCAUUAAAGUCAUUUAAUUCAAAUUUAUCGAAUUCUAGUAAUUUAGGUAAUGAUAGAUUUAGUAGACUAGAUAUUGGGAACUUUGUUAAUCUUCCAUGUACAAUAGUUAUUGAUGAAAAAACAAAACAUGAACUAUUAACCAAUAUCUGGACACCAGAAAUUAAGUAUAGUUUCAAGAAAGAUAGUACGUCAGUUGCUCGUUGUUUUCGGCAUGAAUGGUUAAGUACAUAUUCACCAUGGUUAUCUUAUUCUCAAAAAAUGAAAGGUCCAUUUUGUGUGUUCUGUGUUCUAUUUCAUUCAUCUAGUGGUCAUGCUUCAACUGUUUUUGAUAAAAUUAACACUUCUCAUAAGUUACUGAUUGAUAAUAAUAGGAAAAAAAAUUUUCCUAUUAUUUCAAGUAUACUAUUUUGUGGUACUCAAGAAAUUGCUUUGCGUGGAAAAACAUCAAAUGAAAGAAAUUUCAAUUCUUUAAUUAACUUUAGAAUUGAAGCUGGAAAAAUAAUCUUGAGCAGAAUAACAAAUUAUUUAGUGAAAUCGCGAUCAUUUUUUUCUAUACUCGCUGAUAAGACUGCUGAUAUUUCUGGUACCGAACAGUUAUCCAUAGGCAUAAGAUAUAUCUCAUUUGAAUCAGAAAACCCUGUAGUUAAAGAAGAAUUUUUAGGUUUUGUUGCAUUAAUAGAUAUGCAUGCUAAAACUGUAGCAAAAUCUAUAAUACAUUUUUUGAGACACUCUGGUCUUAAUUUAAACAAUUUAAUAGGACAAGGAUAUGAUGGUUGUAGUGCUAUGUCAGGUAUUCAUAAUGGUGUCCAAGCAAUUAUUAAAAAUGAAUUUCCUAAAGCUGUAUUUGUACACUGUUCAUCACAUAGACUAAAUUUAGUAAUAAAUGAUUUGAAUAAACUUCAGCAUAUUCAAAAUUGUGCUGGAAUUAUCAAUUCGAUUAUUAAAUUUUUUAGGUUAAGUCCUAAAAGAAGAAAAAGAAUAGAAAAAAUCCCUUAUUUUUGCGAGACUAGAUGGUCAGAAAAAUAUAAAACUAUAAGAAUAUUUAGUGAACAAUUUGUUGGAAUAGUUGAACAAUUAGAAAUAAUAUCUAUGGAAACAUGCUUUGAUUCACAAACAAAAAGUCAAGCAUUUCAGUUACACAGUGCAGCAACUAAAUCAAAUUUUAUAGUGUGUUUAUUCAUAAUGGCAAAAUUUUCUGCUCAACUAGAACCUAUAACGAAUGCAUUACAAGCAAUACAGUUAGAUUUAUCUCAAGCUAGAAAAUAUAUUACUGAAAUCAUUGAAGUUUUUAACAACCUGGAUGCGAAAAAUUAUUUUCAUGAGAUUUUUAAAAAGGCUCAAAAUUUUGCAAAUGAGCUUGGAGAAGAAAUUGAAAUUCCUCGUAUUGUUUUUAACCAAAAGCAUCGUUUAAAUCAUCCAAUAAAUACUCCUGAAGAUUAUUUUAGAGUUUCCUUAUACCAACCAUAUUGUAUAUUAUGGUAUAAUGUAUGGAAAAAUAGAAACACAAAUCAAAGUGAAAUGAAAAAUAUAAGUUUCAUAAGUCUAUUAGAUGAAGCAAAUUUAUAUCCAGCAAUUUAUAUUGCACUAACUAUCGCAUUAACUAUGCCAGUUACUACUUGUUCAGUAGAAAGAACUUUUAUUACACUACGUAGAGUAAAAACUUGGACAAGAAAUACUAUUGGUGAUAAUCGACUUAAUGGUUUAUGCAUGAUAGCUGUCCAUAAAGAGUUUGUCGAAAAUCAUAAAUUAAAACUAAUUGAAGAAAUUAUAAAUGAAUUUGGUUUACUACCACGCAGAAUGGAACUAUUAUUCAAUGAUUGA